AUGACGAAGGGGUUGUCAUUUGGAAAGUGUUGCAGUAAGAUGCACACGUUGUGCUGCCACUGUGGCCCUAAGGCCUGCUACCUUCAGGAGUCGACCUGUGGUAAAUGUGGUGAUCCUGCCAAAGGAAAGAAAAAGUAUAGCUGAAGUGCCAAGGCUAAAUAAUGAAAUACCCCUGGGACUGGUCCAACGAGGCACCCAAGAAUUUUGUACCUCAAAUUCAGGCAAGGAUUCUGUGAAGGAACAACACCUAAACCCAAGAGGGCAGUGGUUGCACCAUUUAGUUCAUCUUAAGGAUUUCGAUGAUUAGUCACACAAUACAUGUUCUGGUUUUAAAAAAAAAAAAAAAA